AUGACUCAUGGCCUUUGCAUGAGUGAUAUGACUGCCCUUCUUGUGUUCAUCAUCUGGGGUGAAUCGUUAAGCUACUAUCACUCGAGACUAUAUUGGCAUGUCCCGGAACCGGCAUUUGACAAAGAAAGAUCUCUAGGGAUUUUGAUUGUUGCCGAUCCCCAGCUGGUCGGAUUCAAGAACGAGAACCAUAUGCUGGGACCCUUGACAAGAUGGGAUUGCGAUCGCGGUGACAACGACGUUGGUGGUGAGGUGGAACCGGUGCAGAGUCUUCUGACAGCUCGAUUCGGUCGAAUUUUCACGAAUUCCUUUCCAUCAUCGAAUGACAUCUUCAAGUCUCUGUCCAUUACUGAGGUGAAUUUGAUGAAUUCUGAGGUGACGAAGAUCCGUGAGUAUUCCAAUCCGCCGGAGUUGAAAGUGGUUCUGAGUCAUGCCCCAUUUGCUGUUUGGACCUUUGGUGACACUUCAAAAAUCAGAAAGCAGGUCAAUCCCGAUCUGAUACUCAGCGCUCACGAUCAUAAGGCUGCUGUUCAUUAUUUGUCGAGAAAAAGCCAUGACGUCGUUUCCAAAGAUCUCACGGGCAUUGAUGAAGUUCAGGACUUGACGAUAAACAUGAAAGAAAUACUUGAGUUACAAACCCCCACUUGCUCAUAUAGAAUGGGCGUGUUUGAAGUGGGCUAUGGAUUCGUUCGAAUCGAUCGAUAUGUUGACGAUGAACUCACUAAUCGAUAUCGCGUGGCGUUCUCAAUCCUUUGGAUUCAUAGUCGUUUUUAUUCUUUAGUACUCUAUGCAGCUACGCUUGCUGCGGGCUUUCUAAUGUUUUUGUUGGAAAUGGGUUUUGUUUGCUACUCAAGGAGGCGUAGAUAUCCAUGUUUGCCCAAGUAUCGACCCAUUGAUUAA